CCGCAAUUGUCGCAUAUUCUCCACAGAGUCGACUUUGGGAAUCAGAGUGAGUCAAGUAUGGUUGAAACUACGGAGCAUCCUGCUAGUCUCAAAGAAAGGACAAACUGCCUCAACCACCGAGGCUCCCACAAUUUCCCAGGAAGAUUUAAAGAAUUUCCCCGUGAAUCCGUCUGACCCAGGAGCCUGCUUUGAUCCCAUGGCAAAAACUGUUUAGCGAACUUCAUCAGGGAGAACAACCGCCGUUAGGCUGGCAUUCAUUUCUAGGGUAACCUUGUGAUCGAUAGGCAAGCCUGCCACACGCUCAAACAUAUUAAAGAUUUGAUUCUCCGAGGUAAAGAGAUGCUGAUAGAAAUUGGUCGCAAUGCCAGCUUUACCAGGCUCAUCCAUGAUCCAAUCGCCCUCAUCAUUACGAAACCCGACCACAAAAUUCUUCUUACGGCGCGUCCGAGUCACUGUAUGAAAAUAAGAGGUGUUUUUGUCUCCUUUCUUUAACCAGUGGACCCUAGACUUUUGCUGCCAAUAGAGCUCCUCCGCUUCCCAUUGCCGAUUCAGCUCACCACGGGUCAAAAUUAACAUUUAGGUCCGAAUUAUGUGGCAUAUAGACUCAAUUGGCCGAAAGAGUGGUUUGACCAUUAGUAACUGUCCAGGUCACUGUCAUGUCAGCACCAAACCAAAAAAAAAUUGAAUUUCAAAUAUCUUUUAUUAUUUUCUUUAUCUGAUUAAAAACUGAAAAACAACCAAAAAUAUGUUCGGCCACCCAUCGCCACCUUAUCACCUCGCCUCUUUCUGAUUCAAGCAAAAAAAACAAAAAAAAACAGAAACAUUCUUUUUUAUCCCUUCUUCCCCGACGAGUGGCAUUCUCUCCGAUUAAAAAAUGCAGCGACGGGCGGUCGUUGAAAGACGUCGCCGCUUGGAAGAUCGAAUCCUUACCCAGAACCCUCACCCGCUCCUCUCGCAUGCCUCUGUUCUCUGUUCUCUCGUCAACAGGGAAAAUUAGGGCAUUAUCUCCCCUUCCCCACCCAUCGAUUUUUGCUUAUUUCUUUCUAGACCAUGCCUUCCCCACCCAUUGCUCUCUAUCCAUUUCUUUCUAGACUAACCCUUCCCCACCCAUCGCCUUCUUCUAUAAACGGCGAAGAAAGUGAAGUUCGAGGGACCACUUCGACAAAAUCCUAUUUGUUAUUCGACUAAGGUAAGUAAUCGAUAUCUCUCGUAAUUAUCAUCUAAAUACGUCCAAUGCUCGGCUUGUUGCUAAGGGAUUUACCGAGGUUGAGGGUAAAGAUUUUCACGAUACUUUUGCCCAUGUGGCAAAAUUGGUUACGGUUCGCUGCCCUCUUGCAGUAGCCGUCACUCGAGACUGGUACAUUCAUAAGCUUGAUGUGAACAAUGUCUUUGUACACGACGAUCUCACUGAGGAAGUUUAUAUGGCCAUUCCGCAUGGCUUUGCUCGACCAGUUUACCAUCAAGAAUUUUGGCACUCUCAAGUACUUUCUUGGCAUUGAAGUUGCACGUUCCCCUCGUGGCAUUGUUCUAAACCAACGCAAGUACGUACUUGAUAUCCUUACAGAUACGGGCCUGGAGGCCACUCGUCCAUCUCUCACCUCCAUUAAGCAGCAUCAUCAACUCGGGCGUCUUCUUUCACCUGCUGCGGUUGACGUCAGUGCAUACCGCCGACUGGUUGGUAGACUUCUUUAUCUUACUAUGACACGGCCGGAUAUCACUUACGUUGUUAAUGUGCUUAGUCAAGCUAUGCAGGCUCCUACUAAGGCACAUGAAGUUACUACCAUUAGGAUUCUUCGAUACCUCAAGUCUACUCCGGGGCAUGGUCUCUUCUUCCCUGCUUCGACUUCUCUCUCUCAUACUGCGUACUGUGACGCAGAUUGGAGUGGUUGUCCUCUCACACGGCGUUCUACGAUUGCUUAUUAUUUUGGAUGAUUCUCCCAUUUCCCGGCGUACAAAGAAGGUUAGGGCUUGCCCCCCCCCCCCAAGAAUUUUAAAACUUACGUAUAAUUGGUUCGAGAUUAUACAUAUAAUCUAAUGAUAUCGUAUAAAAUUAACAGACUCGCAAAUCUGAAUAGAAAAAUAUGACCAGUCUAGUGGAAGUGUGCCCCUUUUCACUGAGUGGUCUCUGUUUCGAUGCCAAUGGAAAGCAAGUUGUUGUUUUUUCUUAUUUUUGACCGCUAAGCCUAUCUGCUACUCCAUAGUCAUAGUUUCGAUUCCAAUGGAAAUCAGGUAGCUUGUUUCCCAUUUUUUGUCCAAUAAGCUAUUUGCUAAUCGUAGAUUUUUUGUUAAGAAUUUUAUUUUGAUAACAAAUCAAUUUAAUCAUU